AUGAAGGAUAUCCAGUAUUUGAAAAAAUAAGAACACAAGAUGAAACAAGAACGAUCAGACUCUUGCAAGACAAUGAAUUAGAGAAACAAGAAAUAAGCUCUACUAAUAAAAGUAUAUCUAACACUGAUGAAACAGUUCUUCGAUACAGUGAAAUAUUCAAGAACGAAAUGGAAAUUAUUCAGUGAUGAGCAGCAGAAGUUUUUCAGCAGGAUAAAAAGGCUAUAACAGGUGAAAUCUACUUAACAAGUAAACUUUGUAUAAUAGUGAAAUAUUCAAGAACGAAAUGGAAAUUAUUCAGUGAGUAGCAAAAGUUUUUCAGCAGUAUAAAAAGGCUAUAACGAGUGAGAUGUGCUUAACAGGUAAACUUUGUAUAAUAAUUAGGCUCUGCAUAAAAAAAGAUCGUAUAGAUCAUCGGAUAGAUCACCGUAUAGAUCAUUGGAUAGAUCACCGUAUAGAUCAUCGGAUAGAUCACCGUAUAGAUCAUCGGAUAGAUCACCGUAUAGAUCAUCGGAUAGAUCACCGUAUAGAUCAUCGAAUAGAUCACCGUAUAGAUCAUCGGAUAGAUCACCGUAUAGAUCAUCGUAUAGCCGUGGACGAACAGAUAAAAAAUAUAACAGAGAUAGAAGCAGAAGCAUGUCACCAAUUGAAGAAAAAAAAAGGAAACAAGACUAUGACAGAAAGAAAUUUGUAUAUAGAAAUCGAUCACGUGAAUCGGUUCAGUCAUCAUUGCGUUCAGAAUCGGCCUAUUCAUAUAGACCUUAUGAUUAUUAUACUUAUAUGGGUUAUCCUAGGCCGAUGCCGAUGCUGAUGCCGAUGCCGAUGCCGAU